CUGGCGCAGGGUAAACAAUGCAAAGAAGCGCACCUCUAGCAGUCAGCACGCGGACUGAUAUUGUUUUGAAAGCUGUAAUUGGAGUUUGGAUCCCCAAACAAUGACAGAGACCAGCAGUAAUGGCAGCUUUAGCCCCCGCCUGGGCAUGUGCGAGGUGUGUGCCGCCAAGGAGGCGCGCUACGCCUGCCCCAAGUGCGAGGUAAAGACCUGCAGCCUGGCCUGCGUCCAGAUCCACAAAAAGGAGCUGGCCUGCGAUGGCCAGCGGGACCGCACCAAGUUUGUGCCCCUCAGCCAGAUGACGGCCCGCGAGUUCAUGAGCGACUACUGCUUCCUGGAGGAGGCCACACGGUACGCGGAAGCCCGCCAGUCCGAUCGCAGCAAGCGCUUCACCCACGACAACAGCAACAACAGGAGCCUCCCAGUGCCGCAGCACCGACUGCGAACGGCGGCGCACUCGCGCAGUAUACGACUCCAGCUGCUGCUACCGAACUUUAGCAGGCACAAGGAGAACACGACUUAUCUGGACUGGAAGCUGAGACGACUCUUCUGGCGCGUGGAGUGGCUGUUUGUAAACAUUCCGCUGGAGGAGGACGACGACGGCCAGGCCCAGCCAGUGGCUCGCUUCGUGGAUGCCCGUUGCGACGAGAAUGAAACUCUGGCGAAUCUAGCCCUUAAGUAUGUGGAUCUGCAGCAGGAGACGGCGCUGAGGCAUCGCAAGCGUUUGGCCCACCACCAAACGGCGGGCAUUGGCCAGCUGAACUUUUGGCUGCGUGCCGAAGGCGUUCCCCGUAGCGCCACAUGUUGCUAUGCCCUGGAAGCGGCAAAGCCUUUGGGCAAGAAUCUAGCCGGCAAGACCAUCGUCGAGUUUCCCACCAUCUAUGUUACCUACCAUCCAAAGCCGCCCUUGGGGCUCGAGGCCAUCGAAAGCGAACUGGAUGAAGAGAUAUCGUCUGCCUGCCCGCCAGCAGCCAAAAAAGCCAAGGAAGAGCAGGAAGAGGACAACCAUGACAAGAGCAAUAACAGAAGCCUCUUGGAGCCGCAGGUGGCGUCCACAUGUGUAGAUGAUAGAGAACUGGAGGAAGAUUCAUCCGCGUCAGAGGAAGAGGCCGAGAUUGAUAUAUUUCGCGGAAUUGCCACAUCCUUUCCUAGCGAGGAUGAGAGCGAAGAGGAAGACGAAGAUAAUAACUUGGCUUUCGAGGGAAGUUACACAGAACAAGGCGAUGCGGAGCCCUCAGAGAGGAAAUCAGGAACAUAGCAGGACAGGACUAGGAGUAAUGGGGAAUUUCCCAACUGUCCACAAUGUCAUCCGAUAACUACAUAUAACUAUAUAAAAAAGAAUUACCUUAUCCCCCCUCCCCCCUUAAUUAAAAUUAAAGAAAACACAAAUUGUAUAUUAGUUUUUACAUAAAUCUUGUAUAUUUCCUCAUACGCAUUUGAUUUAGUUUAUUUUUUGUAAUUAUUUUAGGCUAAUUAAACGUUAAGAAUUCAAACCACGCUUUCGACUUGGCUUCGAUCUAGGUUCCAUCAUCAUAUUAUGUUUGUGUAUAUAUUUUGUUUUGUUUUGGAAAAAAAACCAAUUUUACACAGAGUUCUCGGUUAUUCUGCAUCUAUAGUUUAAUUUCGAAUAAACAAAUUUAGCAUUUUUCA